AUGGACGCAGCACCAGCAGCUUCCGUGAGAUGUAGUGGCAUUGUUGGCUUCCGUGCAUGCGUGGCUGCUGUUGGCUGGAUACCUGCUACUAUCCUGAACAUCGUUCUUCCAGUAAUUGCAGUGUGGAGAGGUGAUGUCGCGCUGCCCAAUGUUAUGCUCUCCGAUGUCAUGGCCUCCGGCCCAUUGUAUGAAGCGGUUUAUACCUGGGGCUUUUCAGUCUCAAUGGUUUGCGUCUGCUUUAUUUUUCGAGAAGCUUCAACCUUUUGGCGUCAAAAACUUCCAUCUAUGGCUCCAGACGUGGACCGCUUCGUUUUCAUGCUGUAUGCGCUCUGUGCCCCUUGCUGGGCUUAG